AUGAGGUCCUUGCUCGGCCUCGCGGCAUUCGCUGCGAUGGUGGUAGCCAGCACCGAUGUCAUGGUACCUCUUUAUGUCUACCCUGGGAAUACGACGUGGACAAACCCAAACUGGGAGGCCGCGGUGGACGCUAUCAAGGACAAUCCACACAUGCACUUUUACGUUAUUAUCAACCCAAACAACGGGCCUCAGAACACGAGUGACCCGUCCGGGUUCAACGAGGGGUACUGCAACGUCGACAAUGAGGACUACAUCCCCCACGGCUGCAACCGCGACUGGACCACCCACCUGGCCGACAUCAGCAAGCUGUCCAACGCCCAGACCAUCGGGUAUGUGUACACCAGGUACGGGCAGCGGCCGGCCGACGAGGUCAAGGCCGACAUUCUCGAGUGGUCCAGGUGGGACAAGGAGCCGACCUGGGACGCUAAUAAGGAUGCCGAUAUUUCCAUCCACGGGCUCUGGUUCGACGAGAUCGGCUCCUCGCCCGUCAACGCCUCGCUCUACCAGGACCUGGUAGCCUACGCCAACGACACCUUCGAGGCGAAGGGCAAGAGCAAGGGCAAGUACAGCGUCAUCCUCAACGCGGGCCACGUCGUGGACCCGGAUUACGAGGCGCAGCUGUUCAACAUGGCGUCCGCCGUCGUCACCAAGGAGACAUGUUACACCACCGACCCGGACGCCGAUGGCGUCUCGUGGGACUGCCCCAUGCCCUACGAGCCAUUCGAGGCUGCAAACCUCACCACGGGCGAUGGGCUGCCGCACAACAGCGCCUUCCUGCCGCAGACGGUCGUCAUCGUGCACCAGUUCCGCGGGCCGACCAAUGCCUCGAUACAGAUGCUCACGGAGCAGAUCGACGGCGUGGUCGACCUGGGCGUGCACAGCACCUACUUCACGAGCGGCAGCUGGCACAACACGACCAUGAUGCCCGCAACGAUUGGGAACGUCGCCAAGAUAUUGAACGAGGCUAAUGAUGCGGCGAGGUCGAGUCACGGGUCGACUCGGGGGCUCCUGGCGAAAGGAAGGUACUACGUUGUGCGCCAUCUCGAGUCUUGCGAGGACACGGGAACUUUGAACGAUCACUCCGCGAUGGAUCACGUUCUUGAUCAAUGCUGCUCCAGAGUGCAACAAGUCGUCGCAACAAAGCCUGAAGGCUACCGCCCAAUGGUCAUGCAACCCUCGCCAACCUACGAGCUGUCCCAAGACGGAACCUGGGAAGGCACCACACGGGCACGGGGCACGAUUCCCCAGAACUUGUGGCGCGCCGAAGAGGCGAUGAAGGGCUUCCAUUCCCUCUCCAACACCUCCGGUCGGUGCUGCGCAAUCUCUGGCCUCGGCCGCUACACGCCUGAGAACUCAAUGCUCGCGUGGUCCGACCCUGGCCUUACUAUCUCCCACAUCAUCCCCCCUCAAGAUUUCGAUGUCUGCCCCAUCGACAAGUCAGACAUCGAAGGGGAGAGGAUGACGAGCUCGCGGAGAAGUGGCGCCCGACUUGUCGCCGUUGAGCCUGCCACCCUGACCGUUCGCUGCUUCGGCCCCUACGACAGCAUUGCCCCGUACGAGGGCAAGAAGGCGCACUUCUCCAGCGUCCCAAACCGAGACGCUUUGCGAUGGCACCACGAUAUGUGCGUGUACGACAACAUCACUUCUAAGCAGCCACCUCAGUCACUGGCCACGAUACGACCUGCCCUGUCGACCUCGAGCACGACAACAGGCCCAGCCCCAUUUUCAGCCAGCGAAGCCUUGCCCUUCGCACUACCUCCACUGGGGACCAUGGAGGAUGGCGCAACUUUACCGCAGCUUCCUGACGAUCCGGAGUCCAGCAGCGACCUUACGAAUCGGCUCUGCACACUCGAAUGCAUCCUGUGCCUAGCAGACCCAGCUGGAUCGGACCCGAGUUGCCCCAACUUCAGCAAGCAUCGACGGCUGGGUUUCGGCACCGCGGUUCGCAAGCUGGACAUGACUUUGAUGAACGAGUGGGGCCUAGUGAGAGAUGAGGAGGUGCCGAAGAACCAGCCGGACCGUGAGAGUAUCGUCUCCGAGUACGAGAUAGUCUCAAGAGAGUCCAUCCCAAUCCUUAGGGUGGUCCUUCCGUACGGGUACACCGUCAUUGGGAAAGGCGUUGUGCGCUCUGAUAAUCCUAAAGAGCCUGCCUACGGCCCCCUGAUGGAGACCGACAUACUUUUGAGACUCGGCUCGCAACUCGCGGGCGAAUGUAUCCCAUUCUGCCUCGGCCUCGCCACGCUCGGCAAAGGCUUGCGAGACCCGACUUACGACGGACCGAUCCAACAGGUUCUGCUCCUGUCCUCGGCUGAAGCGCCUCUUUCCGAGGCGCCCUUGCCACGACGCGAGAAGAUCAUUCGUACGGUUAAAGACAUCAGAAAUCACGGCGUGACGUUUCGAGAGCCGUUGGUGGAGUCUGAUCUGCGCUGGAACGAAGAGGCACAGCGGGUUAUGGUCGUGAAUUUCGCUGGUGCCAAAAUCGAAGCAACCGACGACACAGCCGUACUUCGUUAG